AGCCGGAAGUGGGGCCUGUGAGGUCCUAGGGCGCUACGGAAGCGGCCUGAGGGGGCCGAGGGGGCGUGAACGGUUGUAGGCCGGCCGGUGGUCGCUGGCAUGGCCGAGGCCAGGAAGCGGCGAGAGCUGCUACCCCUGAUCUACCAGCAUCUGCUACAGGCGGGCUACGUCCGCGCGGCGCGGGAGGUGAAGGAGCAGAGCGGUCAGAAGAGUUUUCCAACUCAACCUGUUACCCUUCUGGAUAUCUACACACACUGGCAACAGUCCUCAGAGCUGGGCCAGAAGCAGAAAGCAGAGAAUGAUGCUGCUCUGCAAGCCAAGAAGUCCCGAGUGUCAGACCCCAUUAGCAGCUCAGAGAGCUCUGAGGAAGAAGAGGAAGCAGAGGCGGAAACUGCCAAAGCCACCCCAAGACCAACACCUGCCAACUCCUCAGCUGUGGCUGCAGAUUUGCCAUCAAGCAUGAAGGAAAAGGCCCAGGCAAAGACCAAGAAAGCCAGCCAAAUGGUGAACUCUGUGUUGUGUCCUGCCUCAGGAAAGUCAGCAGUCCACCUGCUCUCUGGAAAAUCACCCAAGAAGUUAGCAGAGCCCUCAGCAAACACUGUUUUGGUCUCAGAAACUGAGGAGGAGGGCAGCGUCCAAGCCCUCGGAGCCACUGCAAACCCUGGGAUGCUGUCAGCAGGCCAGGUCAGCAGCUCCAGUGAGGACACCUCCAGCUCAAGUGAUGAGACAGAUGUUGAGGUAAAACCCUCAAUAAAACCAGCCCACACCAAAGCCUUGCCCACCCCUGCCAAGGAGCAUCCAGCAGUCCCAGGCCCUGGCAAGUUGGGAGAUGUGACACCCCAACUCCGAGGAGGCACCCUGACUGCAGCAGGGAGGACUGCAGACCAAGAAGAGGAGUCUGAGAGCAGUGAAGAUGACUCUGAGAGUGAAGACGAGGCCCCUGCUGGGGUACCUACCCAGGUCAGAGCUGCCUCAAUCUCUGCCAAGGUGAUACCUGGGAAAGGGAAUAUGUCAACACCCGUCAGCAAGCCUGGGCCCAUAGCCACCCAGGCCAAGGCAGGGAGGCCAGAGCAGGAUGUGGAGAGCAGCAGUGAGGAUGAUUCUGACAGUGAGGAGGAGGUGACAACUACUUUGACCACUUCUCAGGCAAGGCCCUUGGGAAAGACCCCUCAGGUCAAAGGUGCCUUAGCCCCUGCCAAGCAGUCCUCCCAGAAAGGGGCUCUUCCAACCAUCCCUGGGAAGACAGGGCCUGCAGCAGCCCAGACCAAGAGGCCUGAGGACUCAGACAGCAGCAGUGAGGAGUCGGACAGUGACAACAGGAAGACACCAGCAGCUGCAACCCAAACCCCCAGCCCCGCCCAGGUGAAACCCUUAGGGAAAACCCCCCAGGUUAGACCUGCCUCCACUGUAGGCCUGGGGUCAUCGGGAAAAGGUACCCACAUGGCCCCUGCUGGCAAGGCAGGCUCAGCAGCUCCCUGGGCCCAGGUGGGUAAGUUAGAAGAGAACUUGGAGAGCAGCAGUGAGGAAGAGGAGGAAUCAGGCAAUGAGGGGGCUGUGACCCCAGCCCAGGCAAAGCCUAUGGAAAAGAUUCUCCCAGUCAGACCUGCCUCAGGUCCUAGCAAGGAGCCCUUGGGGAAAGCAGCUGCCCCUAUACUCCCUCACAAGGUGGAACCUGUGGCCACCCAGGUCAAGGCUGAAAGGUCCAAGGAAGACUCAGAGAGCACUGAGGAGUCAACAGACAGUGAGGAGGAGACAGCACCAGCAGCCACUGCUCCAGCUCAGACCAAAUCAAUUCUAGAAAAGAAGACGAAGACUUCCCCUAGGAAGCGUACUCCCACAGCCCCUGCAUCUACUGUGGUCGCCCCUGUGCAAGUGGGUACUCCAGCCCCUUGGAAAGCAAGAACAGCACCUUCUCAAGCCAGCCUGUCAUCCCCAGCUUUGGCUAGGGGCAUCCAGAGGCCAGAGGUAGACUCUUCAAGUGAGUCUUUAAGCGAGUCAGAGUCAGAAGCAGCUGUUCCUGCCUCUGUGGGGGCACAGGGGAAACCUAUGGGGAAAGGUCCCCAAGGGAGAGCUGCCUUGGCACAAGGGAUAACUCCUGUACCCCCUGGGAGGUCAGGGCCUGAAGUUUCCCAGGUCAGAGCUAAGGCUCAGGAAAACUCCCAGAGCAGUGAGGAGGAAUCCAGCAGUGAGGAGGAGGUCGAGACCCCAGUGCAGGCCAAGCCCUUGGGGAAACUUCCUCAGGCCAAGGCCAGCCCAUCUCCCACCAAGGUUUCUUCAGUCAAAGAACCAACUUCUACGCCUGGAAAAGCUGCCGGUGUAGUUGCACCAGCCAAACAGGGGACCCUAUCCAAGGGAAAGCCACCUGUGAGAGCCCCACAGAGCAGUGCUAUCUCUGCAAGGAACCAGGCAUCUGUACCACCUGUGGGAAAAACAGGGGCUGCAGCAGCCCCAGCACAGAAGGGAUCCCUGGCUGGAACAGAGAAGGACUCAGAAAGCAGCAGCGAAGAGUCUGACAGUGAAGAAGAGAUGCCAGCCCAGGCAAAGCCCGUGGUGAAGACCUCUCAGAUCAGAGCUGCUUCAGCCCCUGCCAAGGAGUCCCCCCAGAAAGGAGCCCAUCUGGGACCCUCCAGGAAGAAAGGGUCAGCUGCCCAGGCCCAGACAAGGAAGCCAGAGGACUCAGAGAGCAGCAGUGAGGAAUCUGAUAGUGACAGAGAGAUGCCAACAGCCAUUACCCCAGCCCGGGAUGGUAAAGCUGCUAGAAGCAAAGCCCCUGCCCCAGCACCCCCAGAGAAGAACAAAGGAGCCUUGGAAAGCAGUGGUGAGGAGCUGCCAUCUGGCCAGGUGAUUAAAUCCCCUCUGAUUUUUGUCGACCCUAAUCGUAGUCCAGCUGGCCCAGCUGGCCUGGCUGCUACCCCUGCACGAACCCAGGCUAUGAGCGCCCUGAGGAAGGCCCGGGCCUCAGACAGCACUGUCCAGAGCUCCUCCUCUGAAAGCGAGGAUGAGGAUGUGAUCCCUGCUACACAAUCCUCCAUCCCUGCCAUUAGAGCCAAUGUGAUAACUGUGCCUGCUGCCCCAUCAAGGACAGUCCCCCAAGCCAGCAGGAGUAAACAGUCUGUUCAGAUGUCAAAAGGCAAAAAACCCAAGGCAGCAGCCACUCAGGUUGACAGUGCCAUGGGAACACUCCCUGUGACACCUCCCCAGAGCACCCCUAUCCAGUCUAGAGCAACCAACAAGCUCAAAAAUCCCAAACUUCCUGACAAGCAGCAGGCUCCUGCCAGCCACCCCAAAGCCCCUAGGAGCUCAGAUGACAGCGAGGACAGCAGUGACACCUCUUCAGGGAGCGAGGAGGAUCCCAAGGGACCCCAGCUGACCAAGUCAGCUCCCAGGCCAGUAGAUCUAGCCCCCUCCCAGAAGGAGACUGUGGUAGAGGAAACCCCGGCAGAGUCCAGUGAGGAUGAGGUGGUGGCCCCAUCACAGUCUCUCUUCUCAGGUUAUGUGACUCCUGGGUUGACCUUGGCCAAUUCCCAGACUUCAAAUGCCACUCUUAAGCCAGUCUCCAACCCUUUGGUUUCCUCUGUUCCACUCACCAAAAAUGACCAAGAUGGCAAGCAGAAAGCAAAAUCCCAACCUGCAGCACACAUCAUGUCCCCUAAAACAGGUAGAGAAGAAGCCUCUUCAUGCACACCUCAGAAGCGCCGGAAGUCCAAGAAAGACACUGGCUUAGCAGCCUCAGCUGAGGCUCUGCAGAGCAGCAUCACCCAGUGCCUUCUGAAGAUGUCAGUGGACCAGCCCUGGCCACUGAGUAAGGCGCAGGUGCAGGCCUCUGUGGUGAAGGUCCUGACGGAGCUGCUAGAGCAGGAAAAGAAGAAGGCUACUAGUGCUAUCAAGGAGAGCAGCAAGAAGGCCCAGGUGGCCCAGAAGCGGAAGCUGUCAGGGGACCAGCCAGGAGCUGGUGCUCCCAAGAGCAAGAAGAGGAAGCAGCUGGUGGCGGGGGAGGGAGGGGAAGGUGCUGCUUCCCCAGAAAAGGCCUCCAGGACUUCUAAGGGGAAAUCAAAACAAGAUGGAGCAAGAGGUGAUAGCAAGGAAAAGAAGGAGAAGGGGUCUCCUGGCUCCCGAGGGGUCAAGGACAGGCCCAAAAGUGAGUCAAGGAUGAAGGUUGAGGGUGGAGAUCACAAUGAUCCAAAGAGCAAGAAAGAAAAGAAGAAAUCUAAUAAGAAUAAAAAAGACAAGGAAAAGAAGAAGAAAGGAAAAAAGACCUCAGCCAAAGACCCUGACUCACCAUUCCAGAAGAAAAAGAAGAAAAAGAAGAAGACCACUGAACCAGUCCUGUGAAAGCCAAGCACAUAGCACAGAGACUUCUUAACAAAAUGGUGACCAUCCCCAGGCCUCUGACCUCUGCCCAUUGUGGGUUGGGACUGGACUUUCAACUUUACCUCCCUCCACAAAAGAAGAUGGCUGUCCCCAGGGUUUGCUGCUGGCCAAGCCACUGCAGGGGGGGCAGUCCCAGAACACAUCCCUGGGUGCUUCAUAUAAAUGUGUACAGUAUAUAUAUUUUUUUAAGUGACCUGCCUCUUCUCGCUUCAAAUCCAACCUGCCCAAAAGUCUCAGGACCUCUGCCCAUGUUGUGCCGCAGACCCAGCAAGGCCUACUUGUGGCUCAUCAUGAGGCUUUGUCCUAUCAGUUUUCCCAGCCAAGUUUUGGAUUUUUUUUUGUAAGAACCCAAAAUAAAAGACUUAUGAUUAAAA